UGGUAAACAGAAUCACCUUUUCCUAAGUACAGUAUGUAGGAGAAGAUAAAUCGUGGGCGACUUUUGCAUGGGAACAUCGGCUAAAGUAGAGACCAGCCAUAUAGCCAGCAAAGUGUAAAAACCAUCAUGGCUGCUUCAUCAGGGAGGCUUAGUGCCAGACUCUUCCUGUCAGCCAAGGGCUUCGCCCAACGCCACCCUGUCUUUGCCAACUCGGUCACCUACGGCUCCAUCCUGAGCGUGGCCGAGGUCAUGCAGCAGACCAUUGCUGGCUGGGAGCACUACGACUGGGCACGGGUGGGCCGCAUGGCAGUCAUCGGUGGCUGUGCCUACGGCCCCCUGGGAUUCUACUGGUACCGGUGGCUGGACAAGGCACUUCCAGGGACGGCCAAGUUGACCGUCAUGAAGAAGGUCAUCGUGGACCAGUGUGUCUCAGCACCGGUAUUCAUCGCAAUCUUCUUCACAGGAUCAAGCAUAAUGGAGGGCAAAAAGGACAUCUUUGCUGAACUGAAGGACAAAUUCCCCCAAACCUAUGCAGCGAGUUGUUGUUUCUGGCCCAUUGCACAGACGUUCAACUUCUUCUUCUUACCGAGUCACAUGCGGGUUGUGUACGUGGCCUCAGCGAGCCUCGUCUGGUCCAACUUCCUUUGCUUCAUGAAGAGAAUCAGCGUGCACAAGGAGGAGGAACCUCAGUCAGUUGAAGCUGCUGCUCAGGGAUGAUGUCUGUCUCCUAGUCAGUACUGAAAGGCCAUUAACAUCCAACCCAUGUCUUACGACGCUGCCUUGUGAAAAAGCAAAGCACUGCCCGAGUUUGCGGUCCUUCUAUAGUCAGCUAAGUGGUCAGUAUAAUUGGUCCAAUCAGUGAUCUGUUCUUGUAGCAUUUGGCCUUUAAUAUUUCGUGCGAUUAAGUUUAAUGCGUGUCUAAUGUGUCACAUUUUUAAAAUUAAUGUAAAAAUUCUUGAAAAAAAAUCUCUCUGGGAAAUGUCUGUGCUUCUCAUUUUCAAAAUGUUCUGAAAGCAAAUUAAGUAGAAUUUUAUUUUAGUGUGUAUAUUUAACAUGUAUAUUUUCACAGUCCUGGUGGAAAUACUUGAUGCAUGUAUUGGAGUUGAGAUGCCUACUGGAUCCUACCUCUUGAAAAACAAAUGCUCUUUUCAGUGGUGAUCGUGUUUUUCCCAGUCAUCUCGAAGUCCAUGCCAGUCUUUUUUGUGGUGGAGAAUUGCCACUUUCUGAGAUUUCUGUCAAAUUGAUAGAGAUGUGUUUGUAAACAGCAUCCUUUAUAAUGCUCCCCAGUGUACUUAAAGUGAGUUGAACAAAUAUGAUACGUCACUUUGCUGAAAUUGGAUUCAAAAGUGAGGAAAAUUGAAGGUAACGAUGAACUUCAAAAUGACUCCAAAAGGUGUUGGUUGCUUUUUUAUGUUCUUUCAGAGAGGUGUUCAGUUAUAAAUUAUUGCGGACAAAUAGGCCAACUCUUGUCACAAGGUUGCCAAAGUACUUUAUAUAAGGACUGGAAAAACGAAAACAAAGAAAAGGAGAGACCUCAGACUUCCCUGUUUCCUCUUUACGAUAGUAUUUUGUGGGAGUGCUGUACCGAUAUAUCAAGAAUCAACUGCAUACACAAGUACUGUUUAACAAGGAGGCUGCCAUUUGCUCUGGAGUAUUAAUUUAAGUAAACUAUGUAGAUUGGGUAGAAUGUUGAGUAUAAUAUAUUUUUUAUAUCAAGCUUUUUAAAAUUAAAUUGAUGUGUUUUGCUUCUGGAAUAUAACUGAAUUACAUUUUUCAAAAUAUGUAAUCUUUAUUCUAUUUACAUGUAUACAGUGUUUGGAAUGAAUGAAACAUUUUUAGACAAAUUUUGAAGAAACUUUUUAUUCAUUCCCUUCAACUGAAAUGUACUCCUAUAAAUAUAAAUUUGUAAAAAAAUCCAGAAUCCUGAAUGGAAAUUCACAAAGACAAAUUCGGUAAAAUUAUUUGGAAGUACAGACUCUGCAAAAUUAUUUUACAAUAGAUCAUACUUUGUACACUCACACCAGCCUGUUUUUUCCCAGAUUAAAUCACAAAGCCUGAAUCUGUGUAAUGGCUGGCAGAAGCACAUACAUGUAAAUUUGUGCCCCCAUUUUACUGGCAUCAAUAAAUAUUGAUAAUUAAUAAGUAUUGAUAAAUAAUUAAUAAGAAAAUAUGUCCUUACACUCUUUGUUUCCUGUAACUGAAAGUGCCUCGGAGAAAUAUUUUCCACUUUAUAAUAAAUGUAACUAUCAAGACCAUUUUAAACAAAACAUGUUCUUCAAUGUGUAUAAUCUGAGUAAUGAAUAUGUAUUUUGAAUAAAGAAACUAGCAUGCCUAAAUGGAAUUCUACAAUAACAGAUGUCUUCUAUUGAUACCGUGCAGUAACAGGUGUUGAGGUAUUUACUUAAGUACCAGAGUUGCAGUUACUUAUAUAAUAAAGGCUUUGUGCGGUAGCCAUCUUGUAGGGUUGUUCUUUUGUUCCACAGGGAAGCUUCCUUUUUGCAUACUCUGGGAACAAGUGUACUGGCCUGCAAUAUGGCAGCCAUGCAAAUCCUCUCUACUGUCCAAAGACACUGCUGUAUAUUGAAUACAAAAGGGAACCAUUCGCUUUAUUCAGAACAGCUGCAUAAUUGCAGGGAGCAAAUCAAUAAAUUAAGUCUUUUGAAGUAAAAUCACAUUAAACCAAAUGAUACACAAGAAAACCAUCACGUUUUUAAAUUGGAACAAUUUAGGCAAAUUACACCAUACAGCAAUAAAGUCCAUUUAAUGGGAUCAGCACAAAUCAUUUCAUAGAAUUUGGCAGUUAAACUGCUUUAUAAACAUGGAAAACUUGUAACCUCGUUUUCAAAUUCAGUACUAAACAUAUACUUUUGUAUGUGGAAAAAUCAAGACACUCAAACAUUUCAAGAAUUCUUGUGCAUUCCUACGGUAUUUAGACUGGACAAAGACUGAUCAUGUGAUUAAAUUUUACAUUUAUCAGACAUGACCAGUUGAUGUGGUAUCCCACUUGCAUGCACGUCACAAAGUUCUUAGAUUUAAAUUGCGCAUGCACUUUGGCGAGUUGUAAAUAUGCACAGAAUGGGCAGGUUGACCUGCACCUGAGAGGUCUGAAAAGCCAGGAAAAACCCCAAAUCAGUUGAAAACGUGGCAUGCUACAUGUAAAACAAUGUGCACUUCAAUCCAUUUCAAGUAAUCAAUGGAUGGCAUUUGCAAAAAAAGUACACGUACAUGCGUACAAGUGUCAUUCACCAUAACCUCUUGUGCAUUUGCCACACCUGUUGCAUGCACAAACCGGACACAGUAUCCCCACAUAUUUGCACAGGGGCAGGUCUGUGGUUGGUACAGUGUAACUAUAUACAUGUAUGCAGCAUUCUCAACUCUGGGUAAAAUUGUAAACAAACUGACAAAAUUAAAAAUAUCACCUCUAUUUUCAAAUCCUGCUAAUAGGAAGAGUAUUAUAUUUGUCUUAUACGUACACACGCAUAUACAUGUACAACGGAUUCAACUGUAGGGUACAUGUAUAAAGACUUGUAUCUUGGUUAUGCUUAAGAAUGUUUUUUUCCUUGAAAUUUCUUUAAGUGGGAAUGUGAACCGAAACUGCAGAUCGAUACAAGGCAUUACAAGGUAUAAUUUGUGGCUUGUGCAAGUAGGCUUACAAGUAAACAUAAUUGACACCUUGUUGCCUACAUGUGUACAUAUGAACACUGUCAAAGUGUAUGUCAUUCGCUGAAUCACCAUUACAUUGUAUUGUUAUGUACAUGUAUCAAUCCAAACAGUUCAAAUGCAUAGUGCUACAGCAAUAUCCAAGAAAA